AUGGCGCCUCACGCGGAAGAGCACACGGGCUCCACGAACGGGGCGGGCUACUCCAGCGGUCACUCCACGGCCGCUGCUACCGCAGCCCCCCAAGAUGCAUUCACUGUCCACUCCCCCAACGUCACCUACACCGACGCCGACAUCAAGUCCAAGUACACGUACCGUACCACCAAGGUCGAGGCCGGCGCCGACGGCAAGUACGUCGCCACCCCCCUCGAGACGGCCUAUGACUUCAAGACCGAGCGCAAGGUCCCCAAGACGGGCAUGAUGCUCGUUGGUUGGGGUGGUAACAAUGGUACCACCGUCACGGCCGGCAUCAUCGCCAACAAGCGCGGUCUCGUCUGGGACACCAAGGAGGGAUGCCAGGAGGCCAACUACUACGGCUCCGUCGUCAUGGGCUCGACCGUCAAGCUCGGCACCGACGCCAAGACCCACAAGGACGUCAACAUCCCCUUCAGCCAGGUCCUGCCCAUGGUCCACCCCAACGACCUUGUCAUUGGCGGCUGGGACAUUAGCAAGAUGAACAUGGCCGACGCCAUGGACCGCGCCAAGGUCCUCGAGCCCACCCUCAAGGCCCAGGUCCAGAAGGAGAUGAGCGCCAUGGUGCCUCUGCCCUCCGUGUACUACCCUGACUUCAUUGCCGCGAACCAGGAGGACCGCGCCGACAAUGUCCUCGAGGGCAGCAAGGCCUGCAACGCCCACGUCGAGAAGCUGCGCCAGGACAUUCGUGACUUUAAGACGGCCAAUGGCCUCGACAAGGUCAUUGUCAUGUGGACUGCCAACACCGAGCGCUACGCCAGCGUCAUCGAGGGCGUCAACGACACGGCCGACAACAUCCUCAAGUCGAUUGAGCAGGGCCACGAGGAGGUCUCUCCCUCCUCCGUCUUCGCCGUCGCCUGUAUCCUGGAGAAUGCCCCCUUUAUCAACGGUUCUCCCCAGAACACCUUUGUCCCUGGUGUGAUGCAGCUCGCCGAGAAGCACAACGCGUUCAUCGGUGGCGACGACUUCAAGUCUGGCCAGACCAAGAUGAAGUCGGCCCUCGUCGACUUUCUGAUCAGCGCCGGUAUCAAGCUGACCUCCAUCGCCAGCUACAACCAUCUGGGCAACAAUGACGGCAAGAACCUGAGCUCGCAGAAGCAGUUCCGCUCCAAGGAGAUCUCAAAGUCCAACGUUGUUGACGACAUGGUCGAGGCCAACCACGUCCUCUACAAGGAGGGCGAGCACCCCGACCACUGCGUCGUCAUCAAGUACAUGCCCGCCGUCGCUGACAACAAGCGUGCCCUCGACGAGUACUAUGCCGAGAUCUUCCUCGGUGGUCACCAGACCAUCUCCCUCUUCAACAUCUGCGAGGAUUCCCUCUUGGCCUCGCCCCUCAUCAUCGAUCUCGUUGUCCUCGCUGAGAUGAUGACCCGUAUCCAGUGGAAGGCCGCCUCGACCGACGGCGCCGCCACCACCGAGUACAAGAACUUCCACUCCGUCCUCAGCGUGCUGAGCUACAUGCUCAAGGCCCCCAUGACGCCCCCCGGUACGCCCGUCGUCAACGCCCUGGCCAAGCAGCGUGCUGCCCUGACCAACAUCUUCCGUGCCUGCGUUGGCCUCGAGCCCGAGUCUGACAUGACGCUCGAGCACAAGCUGUUCUAA